ACUAGAAAGGGGGAAAUUGAAGAAGCAAAGAUUUAUUGUUUUUUUUCGACAACAAAGAUUUAUUGUUUAUGAUAUAUAAGUUGUAAACAUUUUCAAACAAAGUACUAUUACCAAGAAGCAGGAAAAUUCCAUAACCAAAGACCUCAAGGAGCUUAUAUAAAUCGUCUUGUUCAGUCAUUUCUAAUAUAUUUACCAUAAGAUAAAAUAAAACCCAAUGAAGCCAUCAAUUUGCUCUUCCAUAUAUCUCCUCUUCGUCCUCUUACCAACGGUGAUCUCUCACAACUACUCCGAUGCUCUCAAAAAGUCAAUCCUCUUCUUUGAAGGUCAACGCUCUGGCUAUCUUCCUAGAGAACAGAGGAUGACGUGGCGCCGUGACUCUGCGCUCAACGACGGCAAGAACCUCAAUGCUGACCUAGUUGGCGGUUACUACGACGCCGGCGACAACGUGAAGUUCCAUUUUCCGAUGGCGUUUUCGGCUACGAUGCUAGCAUGGAGCGCUGUCGACUUCGGUAGUUACAUGUCUCCGGCAGAUCUCCGGGAAAAUCUUGUCGCUCUCCGGUGGGGAACCGAUUAUCUCCUUAAGACUGUUUCGCAACUUCGUGAUCGGAUUUUCGUUCAUGUGGGUGAAGUAGAAAAGGAUCACCAGUGCUGGCAGAGACCGGAGGAUAUGAGCACACCACGAACAGCUUAUGCUGUGGAGACGCAGUACCCGGCCUCUGAUUUAGCUGGAGAAAUCACAGCUGCGUUUGCGGCCGCUUCAAUCGCAUUCAAACGAUAUGAUCCUAGUUAUGCUCAACGUUUGCUAAAAAAUGCUUUAAAAACUUUCAAGUACGCGGACUCACAUCGAGGCUCUUAUACCAAUAAUACAUGGGUUAAACUUGCUGUUUGCCCGUUUUAUUGUAGCAUCAACGGAUAUGGGGACGAAUUAUUAUGGGGAGCUGCAUGGCUGAGAAGGGCUACCGGUAAAGCUUCUUACAGUAAAUACUUAGUGGACAAUCGUCAUUCUUUAGGUGCAGAUUUCAAUUACUACGAGUUUGGAUGGGAUAACAAAGUUGGGGGUGUCAAUGUUCUCGUUGCCAAGGAAGCAUUCGAGAAGAAUGUGCCAGAGAUUGCACCGUAUAGAGAUACAGCCGAGCAAAUGAUGUGUGCCUAUUUUCCAGAAACCGCCGGUCCACACAUGACUUACACACCUGGCGGUCUUCUUUACAAACCCGGAAGCAACAUCCUCCAAAACACCGUGGCAUUGUCUUUUCUCCUCCUAACCUACGCCGGUUACCUCUCUAAAUCGUCUCAACAACUCCAUUGUGGUAGUGUCAAGAUCCAUCCAGAGUCUCUCCGUCACUUGGCCAAACGACAGGUGGAUUACAUUUUGGGAGAUAAUCCAAUGAAAAUGUCUUACAUGAUCGGGUACGGUAACCAUUAUCCGCGAAAGAUCCACCACCGUGGCGCAUCCUCGCCGUCUAUCGCAACCCAUCCCAAAACCAUCAAAUGUUUAGAAGGGUGGAAUAUAUUUGCAUCACCCAAACCGGACCCCAACAUUUUAGUAGGUGCGGUGGUCGGGGGGCCUAAUGUAGAUGAUAAAUUCGUUGGAGGACGGAACAAUGCUAGUGAGACGGAACCGACGACUUACAUCAACGCACCUUUUGUUGGUCUUUUGGCUUAUUUUAAUGCCAACAAAAAAAAUUAGUAUGAUUGGUGGUCUGUCUAAAGAUUUUUCAAACAAAAACAUAUUGUUUAUGAUUAGGGUUUGAACGCGCAUGUACUUAUUACUGAUAUCAUACAAUGAAAUACAAAAAAGGAUUAAGGGAUA